AACCUGUUGAACUUCCAAGGAGCAAACAGGCAGGAGCACUUACGUCAGCUGUUUGCGCAGGCACAUUAACCUUUCCACUUCACCUUCUACUUGUUCUGUCGUCCAGUUGCUUCGGGUCUUUCUCAUUUGCAAGCUUGUGAAAGAUACGAAGACAUGUCAAUUCACACUGCAAAAAAAGAAAAACGGUUUCUUUUUACCUCAGAAUCUGUUGCUGAAGGACAUUCUGAUAAGAUAUGUGAUCAGAUAAGUGAUGCUGUUGUAGAUGCUCAUCUCAGUAUUGAUCCAGAUGCCAAGGUUGCCUGUGAGUGUGUAGCAAAAACUGGAAUGAUUUUGCUCUGUGGAGAGAUCACAUCCCGAGCUAUAGUAGAUUACCAACAAAUUGUGAGAGAGACCCUUAAGAAGAUAGGAUAUGAUGACUCUUCCAAAGGACUGGACUAUAAGACAUGCACAGUUUUAGUGGCCUUGGAACAGCAGUGUAAAGAGAUCAAGGAUGCUAUCUCCCAUGGCAAGUGUGAUGAUGACAUUGGAGCAGGGGAUCAGGGUUUGAUGUUUGGCUAUGCUACUGAUGAAACUGAGGAAUGUAUGCCCUUAACAAUCCUCCUAGCACACAAACUAACUGCGUCUAUAAGGGCUCUGGAACGGAAUGGAACGUGGCCUUGGGUUAGACCAGAUGGCAAAACACAGGUCACAAUGGAAUACAAGGAGUGUAAUGGCACAUUGGAGCCCAUCCGAGUGCACACACUGGUGAUUUCAGUAAAUCAUGACCCAGACAUAACACUGCAACAAAUACGGAAGGAGCUAAUGGAGAAAGUUGUUAAAAAAGUAAUUCCAGAGAAGUAUCUUGAUGAGGACACCAUCUAUCAUCUCCUUCCAAGUGAAAAGUUUGUAGAAGGUGGUCCUAAGACCGAUGCUGGACUGACUGGUCGGAAGAUCAUUGUUGAUACAUACGGAGGCUGGGGAGCCCAUGGUGGAGGUGCAUUCUCUGGGAAAGAUCCCUCCAAAGUUGAUCGUUCUGCAGCCUAUGCAGCUCGCUGGAUUGCAAAAUCUCUGGUGAAAGCUGGUCUCUGUAAAAGAGUACUGAUCCAGCUAUCAUAUGCCAUCGGUCUGAGUUGUCCUCUUGCGAUCUCAGUGUUUCAUUAUGGAACAUCAGACAGAUCUGAAGAAGAACUGCUUGAAAUUGUCCAGAAAAACUUUGAUCUGCGCCUUGCAGCUAUCAUAAGGGAGCUGGAUUUGAAAAGGCCAAUCUAUCAAAAAACAGCAUGCUAUGGGCACUUUGGAAGAGAAGAAUUUACAUGGGAAAUACCCAAAAAGCUUGUGUUUUAAGCUUUUCAAAACAUUUCAUAUUAUUGACAGGGGGCUCAAUAACCAGGUAACAUUUUAAGCAGUUCAAGAAAAGACUGUAUGUACACUUAAAUGACAUUCGGUAGUUCAUAGACAUACUAAAAAUUAUUUAUAUUUGAUUUCUAACUUUCAUAGUGGCCUUACACUUCAAAUACAUGUAGUUCUAUCUAAUAUAUUCUUCAGCUUUGUCUUUGGUAAUAUGUGAAAAAUUUAGGCAUUUGACUUUGAUCAGAUAUAAAGUGCACAGAUGGUUAUGGAAGUUGAUGCCAUUCCUAUUCUGCCAGGGCAGCCCACUAUUGCUUACCCAGUUAAAUUUGUACUGAAGAGGAUGAAGUUGGAGAGGUAACUUCAAGAGCUCCCCACGAGAGGAAAGCAGAAAUAGCACAAACUGCCAUAAUUGUUUGGGCCAGGUCUUCCAAGACUAUAGAUUUAGUUUAAGUGCUUUAGUGAAUUUUAAGCAAAUUAGUAAAAAUACCCAUUUCUUAUCAUUGGUCACUGUAACCCUAAAAAUACAUGUUAUUUGUUUGCUUUUAACAUUACAUAUCUUUCAAAACUGAUGAACUCCUAUGUUGUGAUUCUUUUGUUCAUUUAUAGUUACUCCUUCUCAAACUUGAAUUUUCCAUGUCUGCAUGAAUUGGAAUUGGCUGUAUAAAUUUUAGAUUAAGUUUAAUUUGGCAAUUUCUGAAAUGUAAAAAAAAAAAUGUUGUAAAAAGCACUUAGAGGACAUGACUUUCCUUUUAAUUCUCUGGAUGAAAACAUAAAUGGAGAGAGAGAAUGCAAAAUCAUUUAGCUUUUCUUCAAGGACUAGAGAGAAUGAAAAGACUUGUAUAUGGAAAUUAGCAAUUCUGACAAGCAAAUUUAUCAUUAAAUUGGUAACUAAGACAGAAUGUUGGAAUGAUGUAGCUACUGUUAAUGCCAGGGAGUUUUGAUAGACAACUAAGAAAUAAGGUUCCCUCACCCCUGUUAAGGGAAAAAUAAAGGCUUCAAUGAUAAGUCUAAUCAAA